CUCGCAGACUCACACCGGCUCUCCCCCCUGAGCAUCAUCUCCACUACUGGAGAUCCACCUCGUGUCUGUGUUCUGCUGGGUGGACGCACGCCCCACAGUCACCAUUCCUGCCCCGGAGAGUUCCAGGCUGGCAGCGCAGCCCCUUCCUAGGCUGAGCAUCGGGCGGAAGACCCUGGUGGCAGCUGCAGUGGGGGUCAUGCUAGUCCUGGUUUUGGUGGUCCUCAUCCCUGUGCUGGUCAGCUCUGUGGGUGCUGGUGGCACAGAUGACAGCUCAAGCCAUUAUGAGAUGCUGGGAACCUGCCGGAUGGUGUGCGACCCCUUCCCAGGCACGGGCACCCCAGGGACUGGCAUCCACACAGACACAUCAACCAGUGGCUUUUUGGUGGACAAUCAGGAAGACCUAAGCGAUCACAGCAUCGGUCCUCCACUUCCUACAUACAGUGCAAACGGCCCACAGGGAAAAACCGGACGUCCAGGCAAACCUGGACCUCCGGGACCUCCUGGAGAACCAGGUCCACCAGGUCCAAGGGGACCACCGGGGGACAGUGGAGACAUGGUUCGCACAGGGAUCCUUGGGGCGGUUAGCACAACCACCUACAACACUACCCCCCGAGUGGCAUUUUACGCAGGACUACGAAACCCCCAAGAAGGCUACGACAUUCUGCGAUUUGAUGAUGUGGUGACUAACAUUGGGGGAAACUACGAGGGUGCGACGGGCAAGUUCACCUGCAAGAUUCCAGGAACUUACUUUUUCAUCUACAACGUGCUGAUGAGAGGAGGCGAUGGGACAAGCAUGUGGGCAGACUUGAUCAAAAAUGGUCUGGUCAGGGCCAGUGCCAUUGCCCAGGACCAAGACCAGAGUUAUGACUAUGCCAGCAACAGUGUCAUACUUCAUCUGGAUGCAGGGGAUGAGGUGUUCAUCAAACUGGAUGGGGGCAAAGCUCACGGGGGCAACAGCAACAAAUAUAGCACCUUCUCAGGGUUUAUCCUCUACGCCGACUGAUUACCAGGCACAGAACAGGAGGCUUGGAGGUUAAAGGUCCAAACCGGCAGACAUUUGCUUCCUGACUUCCACUUUGCAUUCUUGCAGUGAGGCUGAUGACACAGACACCACUCCACAGUCUUUAGAGUAAUGUAGUGAUGCACUCUGUGGAUUUUUAGUUAUCACUAAUCUCAUCAUCUGUUUUUAUCCAACAUAAUGCAUCCUGGGUGCCUACACUGCUAAUAUAAUGGACAUGUGGACAUGUCACUUGGCUGUGGCAACAAAUGUGACAGUAGAGAGGGGCCGUGCCAUCAUUCCUUAGCUGUCAUGUCAAUUUCAAGUCUGGAAUACAACACUUGUGGUGGCCUCAGUGUCUAUAAAUGUGCUCUCUGGGUUUAUAUUAGGGUUAUGUUUUUUCUUUCACAUGCUGUUUGUGUGAUGAAAUGUUUUGCAUCAGUGGAGGAGGAAUCCUGCCUAAAGAAAUUUUUGAAAUAUUAGAUAUAAGGGUGAUAUUAAAUUUAAAUGCCAGAGAGUGUGAGAAAAGGUUUCAGUGUUGGCCAAAAUUUCAACACCUACAACACAUAUUGGCCUGAUGAAGUUGUGGAAAAAGCCUUAAAAAAGAUUCUUCUGUUCAUGCAGUUGCACAAGCUCUCAGUAAUUACUGCAUUUUUUCAACAGUGAGCUUUACAAGGUUUCCUUCCUUUUCCUUGUAUAGGGAAUUUUAAGGUAGCAGCAUUUGUUUUGCUGCCUUUUCUAUUUGAAGAGGUCUGUCUGUUAUCUUUUUCUAGCCAAGGAAAUCAGGAAGGCAUGUAAAAAAGAUAGAAAACAAUAACUGUAUUCAAGCAGUAAUAAAAGAUGCUCAAACUGCUCUAGCAAGUCCAGAUCUUCCAACAAGUGUUGGCACCAAUGUCAUGGUAAAGUCUGUCUUCCUGAGGUUAUAUGGUUGUCUAUGAGAAAAAACAACAACGGAAGAACAAUUAAACAUAUAUUCAAUUAAGAGUAUAUGCUUAACUAGCUCUAAAGCUCUAAAGAAGCAGCGAUACAAAAGGUAAUUGUUAAUUAGCUCCAAAAGUGACAGAUUCCAGGAAAAAUACACUCAAGCAGAAGAGCUAUGGACCAGUUACAAUGUCACAGGAUGAAACAGAACACAUACAGUUAGUCACAGUAAACCAAAAAGGACUAAACAGAAAAAAUAUGUCCAACUCUAACAUCUAUAAACAAAGUUGUUGAUGUCAGUUGCCCAGAUGAUAUUUCAAUCCAGAAUGGAGUCACAAUCAAACAGGAAACAAUAUAAGGUUAUGGGUGGAACUAAGAAAAUACUGCAGAAUGGGAAAAUAGAGAUAAAAUGAAGCAUAAUGUUGAAAAGUGGUCCAUAUGUCCUCCAGCAGCCUAAACUUAUAAAAGGAUAAAUAAAGAAGAUAGCUCAGGAUAAUCUAACUAUUUUGAAUGAACUAUGAGAAAGGUAGAGCCAAGCAUAACGUCUGUCUGGACUCAUUUCUGGACCACACUGCUUCACGUCAGCAUACUCCAGCAAUACCUGUAUUACUGUGGGAGAAACCCAGUUCAUUUAA